AUGCGGCUCGCAAUCCUUUGGCUGUUUUCCGGCUGCCUUCUGCCAGGGAUUUUGGUUCGGGGUCAGGAACAAAAACAUGGAAAGGAGCUUCUCAUCGCGCAGAUGGGAAAUCCAAAAGAUGAGCACCACACCGGACUUCUGGCGAACGCCACUAGUUAUCUGAUAAACAGCUACAUCGCCAGGAGGAUCAACACGCUGGUAGUCCGCCAGGCCUGCGAUGAGUGUCAUUAUGAGAUGGUCCACCGGCAGCAACUGCUCAUCGACCAGGUCCUGCAGAGCAUCGCCCCCAAUCUCAGUGUCCUGCUGCCCGAGGAGAAGCCGGAGCAGACCACCUGGGACUACACACUAUUGGUGGUCAACAACCACACCGCCUUUGAGGUUCAGUUCUUCUACUUCCCCGACGAGUGGAUGGAGCGCGAGUUCUUCUGCAUAGUUGUGGUGACCGAGCUGCAGAAGCCCGAGGCCGUGGAGGCGACCGUCAGGAAAGUUGUGAGCCUCAAUCUUCGACUGGGAUUCCUCAAUGUGGUGGUGGUGGCCCAAAUGGAGAACGGAACGGUGGCCACCUACGGCUACAAGCUCUUCAAGGCCAACUGCUCGCCGGGAAUCAGGGUGCGGCAGAUUGGCCACUUCGACGGGAUGACCGGACAGCCGCUGGAGGAAAUGACCGAGCUGUAUCCCGUGCGACAUGGCCACCUGGGCGACUGUGUGCUGAAGGUGGGUGCCAACCACCUGCCGCCGCACUUCAUCUACAAGCGGAAGAAGAAUCCCCUGCCCAGCAACGUGUCCAUUCCCGCCGAGGAUGUCGCUGGGAUCGACUGGGAUCUCCUCCAGCUGCUGGCCAAGGCCCUUCGCUUCAAGAUCGAGCUCUACAUGCCCCACGAACCCAGCCAGAUCUUUGGGGAGGGCAACGUCUCCGGCUGCUUUGCGCAGCUGGCGGAUAAUAGCGUUUCGAUGGCCAUCGGUGGCUUGAGUGGAUCGGACAGGCGGCGGUGGCAGUUCUCGAAGUCGACGGUUUUCCACCAGAGCCACUUUGUGAUGGUGGUCCGUAGGGAUCGGUACUUGGGUCGCUUUGGGCCGUUGAUCCUGCCCUUUCGGGGGAAAGUGUGGGGCGUUAUCAUCAUUAUCUUUCUGCUGGCGAUACUUGUUACCUGUAUUCUGAGAUUUCGAUUGGGAUUGAGCCACUCACUGGAGAACAUUGUCCUGGUGAUUGUGGGCAAUCCGGUUCCCACUCAAAGGAUGCCCGGAACGGGUUUCCCUCGCUAUCUGUUGGCCAGUUGGCUUUUACUCACUUUGGUGCUGAGGUGUGCCUACCAGGCUCGAUUGUUUAAUGUCCUUCGCCUUUCGCACCAUCGUCCUCUGCCCGGGGAUCUCAGUGGCCUAAUCGCGGAUAACUAUACUUUGAUAUCUAAUGGUUACCAUGAUUUCUAUCCCCUGGAACUCACCCGUCGCCUUGGAGAGUCCUUUUCCGCUCGAUUCGAACGGGUUCAGAGGUCACCUCCUGGCGAAAGGCUCACCACGAUCUCGCUGGUGAGCAACCUGGCCUACUGGAACCACAAGCACAGGAACACCAGCACCCUGACCUUCAUUCGCAAGCCGAUCUACUCCUACCAGCUGGUCAUCUACUUUCAGCGGAGGUCCUUCCUUCGCGCCCCCGUCAAUCGCAAGAUAAAGCAGCUCCUGAGUGCCGGGGUGAUGGCCCACAUCGAACGGAGGUAUCUGCAGCACAUGGACAAGUCGGAGGUGGCCGCCAACGAUCCCGACCUCCUGCCCCAGAUCACCAUGAAGAUAAUGGACGGCGCCUGUCGGUUCUACGUUUGGGUGAAUAUCCUGGCCACCGGGAUAUUUAUCCUGGAAUUUAUAUCGGGACACUUGGGUGGCAGACUGCGCCGCUGGAUGGAGCGGCUGCAUUAG